AUGGCGGCCAUGCUCGGCGGAGGCGGAGGAGGGGAUGGUGCGCUGGGAGGUCUGCCUAUAGAACAGUGGUGGUUCGAGAUGCCGCCUUGCACAAGAUGGUGGACAACAGCGACGGUGGUGACUGGCGUGCUGGUGCAGUGCCAGAUCCUCACGCCCUUCCAGCUGUUCUACAGCUUCCGAGCCGUGUUCAACAAGUCACAGUACUGGCGACUGUUCUCGACAUUUGUCUACUUCGGCCCACUAUCACUCAACCUCCUCUUCCACAUCUUCUUUAUCCAACGAUACGCACGCAUGCUCGAAGAGUCCGCCGCUUCCGUCGCCCACUUUAGCUGGUUGAUGUUCUACGCCAGCACGACGCUCCUCUGCAUUGCGCCCCUCUUCAACCAGGCAUUUCUGGGCACGACGUUGAGCUCGACCUUGGUCUACAUCUGGAGCAGAAGGAACCCAGACGUGAGGCUGAGCUUUCUCGGGCUGUUGACUUUCAAGGCACCAUGGCUGCCUUGGGUGCUGAUAGCCUUCAAUGUGGUGCUGCAUGGCCACUGGCCGAAGGAUGAGCUUUGCGGAAUUGUUGUUGGGCAUAUCUGGUACUUCUUCAACGACAUUUACCCGUCGACGCACAACGGAUCUCGACCUAUGGACCCUCCACAAUGGUGGAUUCGGCUGUUCGACCGGGACGCUCUUCCAGCGCCUGAGACGGACGUACAGGCUGCGGCGAUCAACAGAGAUGUUGCGCAGCCGGCUGUACCGGAUGUAAGAUGA